CGUGACGCUCGCUCUCUGUUCGUUUGCUGGACGGUAAUGGCGGCGUGCCGGGGAUCAUCGUCCAAAUGGUUUUUCACCCGGGAACAGCUCGAAACCACCCCGUCCCGUCGCUGCGGAGUGGAGCCAGACAGAGAGCUGUCUUAUCGACAGCAAGCCGCGAAUCUUAUUCAGGACAUGGGCCAGAGACUAAAUGUUUCUCAACUCACAAUAAAUACUGCCAUUGUUUACAUGCACAGAUUUUAUAUGUACCACUCUUUCACCAAAUUCCACAGAAAUACCAUCUCCCCAACAACUUUAUUUCUGGCUGCAAAAGUUGAAGAGCAACCACGGAAACUCGAACAUGUCAUCAAAGUAGCGCAUGCGUGUUUAAACCCACAAGAGCCUCCACUGGAUACUAAGAGUAAUGCAUACCUCCAGCAAGCUCAAGAGCUGGUGAUACUUGAAACCAUAGUGCUGCAGACUUUAGGCUUUGAAAUAACAAUUGAACAUCCACACACUGAUGUUGUGAAAUGUUCCCAGCUAGUCCGAGCAAGCAAGGAUCUGGCACAGACUUCCUAUUUCAUGGCUACCAACAGUCUGCACCUCACCACCUUCUGCUUGCAGUACAAGCCCACAGUCAUCGCCUGUGUUUGCAUUCACCUGGCUUGCAAGUGGUCCAACUGGGAGAUCCCCGUUUCCACUGAUGGAAAGCACUGGUGGGAGUAUGUGGACAACUUAGUUACACUUGAACUUCUUGAUGAACUGACCCACGAGUUUCUGCAGAUACUGGAGAAGACACCUAGCAGGUUAAAGAGGAUUCGUAACUGGAGGGCUACACAAGCGGCUAAGAAGCCCAAAUCAGAUGGUCAGGGCUCAGAUAGCAGCUCUUUAGCGGGACCCUCGUUAACCCAGGACCUCUCCUUGAUGGAUGCCCUUCCUGGGGUCUCUACAAAUACAGCAUUCUCCAAAGCCUCCACGUCUUUCCCAGUGACCCUGCCAGGCAACUCAAGCAGCAGUCUUUCUCUUGAUUCUAUUGCCAGCAUGCAGGGAACCUCUUAUACUUACACCGCCCCCAGUGACUGGCCUCAGGACCAAGCACGCUCAGACCUGUAUUCUGUCAAACAACUUCCCCCACACACAUCUAUGCACCCACAUCGGCCUGACAAAAGUACAGAGAUCAACCCUGCCAAACACGAACACAAGGCCAGUGGUGGUGCCAAGCACCAGGCAACAACCUAUCCUCCACCUGCAGCACCCACACAGAAAAUGUCUCUGGACAAGUACAGGGAGAAACACGCUGCUGAACUGGCGGUGCAGAAACGCAGGCAAGAGCAGCAGAGUGUGGAGACUGAGGUCUAUGUUGCUCCAACACAGACAGAUUACCGCAAACAUUUACCCCAACUAUCUCUCGGGCAGCAGGGAACAGGAGUCACCACUGCCUCGCCCCUGAAGAUGAAACUGCCUGUCCCUGGGCAGGACAAGCUCCUGGACAAACGUGAGAAAGGCAGCUCUUUAAAACUGCGUCUUCCAGUCCCCUCACAAACUGAGAAAGGGGGAUCAAGUAAGGAGGAGCUAAAAAUGAAAAUAAAGGUGUCCUCUGAGCGGCACAGCUCCUCAGACGAGGGUGCUGCAAAGAGCAAACAUUCCAGCCCGCUUGUGAGCAAGGAGAAACACAGAGACCACUCAGCCCAUCGUCACCAUCACAAACACGGCCACUCGCACACUCACACACAUAGCGGCAAUGGCAGGAGCAUCCUCGAGGCACCCGCAGCUAGUUCGGCCCUUAGGAGCCCAUUAGGUUCUGUUGCUGAUGGUGCUAGCUCAGCUUCCAGCUCCUCACGCAAGAGGGUGAACCCCGACGCCAGCCACAAUCACCACUCCAAAAAGAACAAAAGCUCCAAAGGCGGUGCAGGUGGGCUACGGACAUCUCAACACCCUAGUGAAACUGGACAGGAAACCAGUGGAGAGCCAUGGCCCUGAGGGCGCCGGCCUAGCUAAUGGCCAACACACAGACUACAAAGAUACUUUUGACAUGAUUGAUUCGCUGUUAAGUGCCCAUGGAAUGGACUCUUGAACUGAUAGGAAAAGAGGAUAAAAUAUAAAAGAAAAAUCAAGCAUAGAUUUCAUUAUUAAGAAGAGGAAAAAACAGGAAUGUGAAGAGUAAGAGAAAGAAAAUAAAAAUGCUUCCCGAUCUUCUGGCAGUUCGGUUAAGUCUCGCCAUCUCUGUGUAACUGCUGCUUUUUUCUCAGUAUUCCCUCAUGAACAGUCAGUAUGAAUGCUUAAGCCAGUAUGUGAAAUUCAGGGCCAUUAUAGUUUUAAAAAAAUCUUUACGUGAUAAAAAUAAGUAAUGAAAGUUUUGCCACAGUGAAAAUUUAUAAGACUAAAAGCAGCCUCUAAAACGACUGACGCUCCUCUCAUUUGUUAGUUAGAAGGAAUGCAGAAUCAAGAUUUAAGUUCCAUAGUUCCUUGAAUGUUUUUUGUUACCUUCCCCUCAUCUGAUACCCUCUAUAUGAGCUGCAUGUUUAAAAUGAAAGGGACGAGUUUACAGAAUGUGGAGAAAAAUGUACAUACAUUCUUGUAUGAUAAAAGCUGUACCAUAACUUCUCA